AGACGGUGCCCGUCGCUGUCUCGCCCAUCUGUCUUCAAUCCAGCGCCAAGAUGAGCUCCAUCGGAACGGGUUACGAUCUGUCGUCAUCGACAUACUCGCCGGAUGGGCGGAUCUUCCAAGUCGAAUAUGCCAUGAAGGCCGUCGAAAACAGCGGCACCGUCAUUGGCAUCCGAGCAAAAGAUGGCGUGGUCAUUGCUGUCGAAAAGCUUAUCCAGUCAAAGCUGUUGGUUUCUGGCUCCAACCGACGCAUCAUGACGAUCGACCUGCACGCUGGAAUGGCCUCUGCCGGUCUGCUGGCCGAUAGCAAGGCUUUGGCAAGCAUUGCGAGAGAAGAGGCCCAAAACUACCGAGAAACCUACAAGUCCGCAGUUCCGGCCAGGUAUCUCAUCGACCGGGUCGCCAACUAUGUUCAAGCCUACACACUUUCGUCCGGCCUUCGUCCCUUUGGAAUCAGCACCAUCGUUAGCAUUGUCGACCGAUCCGGGCCUUCAUUGUACAUGAUCGAACCCUCUGGCGUCUACUAUGGCUACAACGGCUGCGCCAUUGGCAAGGGCAAGCAAGUUGCCAAGGCAGAGCUGGAAAAGCUGAAAUUUGCUGAGCUCUCCUGCCGGGAGGCGGUCAAGGAGUGUGCACGCAUCAUUUACACCGCGCACGACGACGCGAAGGACAAGGACUUUGAGCUUGAGCUGAGCUGGAUCUGCGAGGAGUCAGGAAACAGGCACCAGAUUGUGCCGGCAGACAUUGUGGCAGAGGCAGAGCAGUUUGCUAAGGCUUCACUCCAAGACGAAAUGGAGGAGGACUAAAUUAGGGCAUCAAUCGUGCUUUCCAGCCGAGGCAUUUUAUAGCUCGCUGGCUGGCUGGCUGUGAGACGCACCGGAUGUCGCCGCUGCGUGAUGCCGUUUUCAUUGGCCUUCUGCCGUUCCUCAAUAUAUCGCAAUGAUCGCAAUGA